UUUUUAGCGAUGAGGAUUCCUUACAGAAAAGAAUCAGAUCGCCUGCAUGAGAGCAGCAUUACAUCUACGCAUCCACUGAAACAGUUCCAGGCGUGGUUUGAAGAGGCAGUUACCUGUCCUGGAUUAUUCGAAGCAAAUGCUAUGGUUCUAUCAACCGUUUCAAAGUACUUACCUCCAAAAGGGGCAAGACAUUGUAAUUGUCUGUUUUUUUUUAUUUAUGCGAACAAUCCCAACGUCAGUCUUCUUUUCUAUUGGGAGCCCUUGAAUCGCCAGGUCCGAAUUGAAGGGAAAGCAAGUCUUUUACCUGAUGUGGAGGCAGAGGAAUACUUCCAUUCCCGUUCCAAGAAAAGUCAGAUUUCUGCUUACGUCAGUGAGCAAAGUAAACCAAUUGAAUCAGAUCGGGUACGUUCAUUAUCUACUUCUUUCAGUUCCUUCAUGCAUAAUACUUCACUAAGCAUUGAUUUCGUUUUCACAGCAAAUCCUGAGGUGGGAUACGCAGUCGUACCUGAUCGAAUGGAAUUCUGGCAGGGACAAACUACGCGUCUUCAUGAUCGAUUCCUUUUCUUCAGACCGGAUGAAGACAAGCCGAUCUCUGAAUUCUCAAAGCCCUGCGAGGAGGGCUGGUAUCGCGAACGCCUGGCCCCGUAG